GCACAAAUUACAAUAACAUUUUGAUUUAAAUUUUUCGCUCAAGGAAUCUAUUCCAUCAAGUGAGACGUCCUCAGCGUGUAAGCAACGUGCUUUGGACUGGAAUAGGCAGUAGCCUAUUUCAUCUUUCAGACCCAGCAUGAAAGUGACAUUUUUGCUUAUUCACUGCUCCCUCUCUUUUGUGAAAUAGACUUAUGCGAAAUAUAAUGCUGAGGAAAACACUUGUAACCUACAGUUUCUCUGCAACGACGUGCGCCUGACUCCGCCCUCCAAGAGCUACUACUCAUCCUGCACGUUCCACAUUUCCAUGUGUGUGCACGUCCCCUUCUCUCUCUGUACUGUAAAUAUGUCUGUAACUUCACGGACGUGCUAGAGAUGCGUGCGGUGGUGGUUCCUGCUCGUUCAUUUCUGCAGCCCCGUCUAGUUGGAUAUGUCAAUAUUUACUGUGUAGCAUAGGCCUAUAAGUGUAACUAAAAAAGUAGCCUUCAAGUUUUGACGAGGCUGCAACUUACAUCACUAUAGACUAUUCUGUUUUGCGUUCGGGUAGAUAUUAGGAUAUAUUAUAAAAAGCAGGACAAAAUGCUUUUGCUACAGCAUAUUAUCAAUGUCGAUUUGGAGAGGUUAGCGCUGCAUCGAAUCGUCCCAUGUCUUCUUGAUUGUGGGUUCUUUUAUUUGGAUAACUUUCUUGGGGACUUGAUUGGACAAUGUGUUCUGGACCAAGUGAAAGAUCUGCACGACUCGGGUAUGUUGCACGAUGGCCAGCUAGCUGGAGGUUGGUCUGGGGUAUCCAGAAGGCACCUCAGAGGCGAUAAGAUAGCUUGGGUCAGCGGAACCGAAGAGGGAUGCGAAGCUAUUAGCUUCUUUCUGUCAUUAAUCGACAAGCUGGUGACACUUUGCACGGCUCAGCUAGGGAAAACCAACGUCCGAGAGCGAUCAAAGGCGAUGGUUGCCUGCUAUCCUGGCAACGGGACUGGAUAUGUGAAACAUGUUGACAACCCCAACGGAGAUGGCCGCUGUGUUACCUGCAUUUACUACCUGAACAAAAACUGGGAUGCCAAGGAACACGGGGGAGUUCUGCGGAUAUUUCCUGAGGGGAAAUCCUACGUAGCUGAUAUUGAGCCCAUCUUCGACCGCCUCCUUUUGUUCUGGUCAGACAGACGGAAUCCUCAUGAAGUCCAGCCCUCUUAUUCCACAAGGUAUGCUAUCACAGUGUGGUAUUUUGACGCAGAAGAAAGAGCUGAAGCCAAGAGAAGGUUCAGAGAUUUAACAGCUUUGUCACAGGAGAGAAGCACACCCUGAUUCUGAAGCUGUUGUGCCACUCAGCAGGCUGCCAGCCAAAUUCCCUCCGUCCCAUGGUUUUGCACUUCAGUCUGUCAUUCCUUUAGUACCUCUCUCUCUAACCUGUACACACUGCACGGAUGGUAUGUGCUCUGUCUCACUUGAUGCUGUUAUGCAAAGUGCAGGAAUGAGACAAAUGUUCUGAAUCUGGAAUAGCUCUUCAGGUGAUUUAUCUGCAGUGCAUUGUGGGACAUUGCUCACAGAAACAUAGUUUUAUAUAAACAUGUUUCUGUGAGCAGAUUGACAGUGAAUGGUUCUUGUUCUGUGGAUUAUUUUCAUUACUGUUUGUAACCCACCAAUAGGGAGAUGUUUAAUACCUAAUACAUCCCCGUAUAAAAAUUUUCUCAGUAUCUGUAAUAUCUUUGUUUCAGUACCUAUCACAUUUAUUUUUUUAUAUGUGUGACAAUAUAUGUCAAGUAUAUUGAAACAAAAUGUAUUCAGAAACAUAUAUUUUUGGCUUGGCCUGUCUAACUGAGCUAAGUGUGGGAAAACGACCAAGGUUUAUCAAGAACAUUAAAUUCUUAAUGGUUUUAUUCCAUUAAAUACAUGCAUAACACAAACCACAAAACUGGUCAAGGUGCAGUUUUGUCAAGGCACGAAAAAAAGCACAAAGAUAUUUGAAAAUUGAAUUGACGAUUGAGCACUUUUUGAUAUGAAAUGUAACUCGCCCCUGUCAUUAUUUUAAUGUAAAAUAUUGAGUUAUUGAGUUAAAAUAUUGAUGUAUAUUAAUAUUAUGUCUGUUCUUAGUCAAGUACUGUGUAUUAAACAAGUGUGGAAAAAUGUGUGUGGCCAGGGGUAAUGUUAGGCAUCUAAUGCCUCUGUUGCUCCAAAAGUGAGGGGUGGCAUUAAAUGGCAAUGUUAAUGUUGUCUGUUGGCUACCGUGCAUGUGGUGAGAAGUUAGAAAAUGAAUCGUGUAACGGACGUCUCACUUUACGGUGUGUGUGCGUGUCUCUUUUUAAAUGAAAAACUGUGGAUUCCUAUUGAAUGAAAAGUUGUAUGCUGUAGUUAUAACGUAAUGCUUUAAGCCAGCUUGCCUGCUGGUCAGCAAUGCUGGUGAUGCAUGGAAAAUAUUGUUGUGUGACUGUUUUCCUAAUAUGUGUUUCUUAUGGGUGUUUGGGAAAUAAAUGCCUUUUGCACCA